UGCAUUUUGGAUUCAUUUCAGUUUAUUAAAUAACAAAAAUCUAGAGUAUGUUAUGUUUUUGUACAGGUUAGAUGAUCCGAAUAACAAAUAGCAGAUCAUUUUCAUUAUGUCCUGAUACAUUGGAAACAAGUUAUGUUCCACGCAGUCUCGAACAGGUCACUCCAACAGGCCUUUACUUUGAAGACUCAGAACUGACACUGCUUCCGAGAUGAUCACCUCUCCUCAGGUCCAAUCCAUUGAGCCCAGUCCACUCCACCGCAGCGUGCCUCCUGAUGCUCCGGCUCUCUCGGGCUUGCAUCCUCAGCUGUCACUGCCGUCUCACUCAAACGCCUGCUCCGUGCACGUGAGCGGCAGACGUCGUUAUGGGCUCGUAAACAUAAGCAGGUACACACGUUUUAAUAAAUUUGCCAAAAAGCAAUGAGUCACUGCUGGCGGUUAUUUCGAAAACUACACCAGUCGGUGUUUGUUGUCUUGAACACACCCCGCUGAGCCCCCCGAUAUUGUUCAAGGGGAAUAAUGGCUGCACAAGAGCCGUCUCCACCAUCUUCCCUGGAAGGCAACAAGCCGGGCUUCCCAAAGAAAAUUCUGGCCAACAACCUGGAGGACAAGCAUCUGUGCAACUCGUGUCAGAAAAUCCUGCGGAGGCCCCUGCAGGCCCAGUGCGGCCACCGCUUCUGCUCGUUCUGUUUCAACAAGCUGGUGAGUUCUGGACCACAGAAAUGCAGUGCAUGCAUCAAGGAGGAGUUGUUUGAGGAGCCCACCUCCAUUCUCAAGCCUGGCGGUGCGUUCCCAGACAACGCAGCUCGGAGAGAGGUGGAGGCCUUGGCAGCAGUUUGUCCUAAUGAAGGAUGCACAUGGACUGGAACCGUCAGAGAGUUUGAGGCGAGCCAUGAGGGCAACUGUGACUUCAUGAUCAUCAUGUGUCCGUCGUGCAAAGAGCUGAUGAGAGCCAACGAACAGGAGCGCCACAACGAGCGAGAGUGUCCAGAGAGGACACUUAACUGCAAAUACUGCAAAGAGCCGUUCCUCUUAAAGAACAUCAAGGCUCAUGAUGAAAUCUGCCCCAAGUAUCCAAUGAUCUGUGAAGGCUGUGCAAAGAAAAAGAUCCCCCGUGAGAAGUAUGUGGACCAUAUUAAGUUCUGCAGUAAAUUUAAAACACCAUGCAGAUUUCAUGUUGUUGGCUGCGAUACGUCUGUGGAGAAGGAGAAGAUCCAGGACCACGAGCGGCAGUGUUCGUAUGAGCACCUCAACCUGCUGCUGCAUUUCAUCAUGGGCAUCAAGGUGAGUCUGGAGAGCCUCCAACCGCAGACCUUAGAGGUGGCCAGCCAGAAGCUCCAGGUGCUGCACCAGUCCCUCAGAGAGCUGGAGCUGAAGAUGAGCCAGCUGGGCGGGGGCGGCCCCACUCCCGUGCAGGGUGCAUGCGCUCUCACCCUGGCCACGUCCUUCACCCCUCUGCCCAGCGCCAUGGGUGCCGCCCUGGAGCUGCAGCUCCAGAGCGAGAAGACCAAGGUGGCCGAGCUGAGCCGGCGCUGCCAGGAGCUGGAGCUGAAAGUGAACACGUUUGAAAACAUCGUCUGCGUCCUGAACCGGGAGAUGGAGCGUUCCUGCACCACCAUGGAAGCCUACAACCGCCAGCACAGACUGGACCAGGACAAGAUUGAGAUUCUCAGCAACAAGGUCCGUCAGCUGGAAAGGACGGUCAGCCUGAGGGAUCUGUCCAUCGUGGAGAUGGAGGGGAAGAUGAGGGAGAUGUCUGCAGCCACCUACGAUGGCGUCUUUAUCUGGAAGAUCUCUGAUUUCACCAAGAAGAGGCAGGAUGCCGUGGCUGGCCGCGCUCCUGCUAUGUUCUCUCCCGCAUUUUAUACGAGUAAAUACGGCUACAAGAUGUGCUUACGAAUCUACCUGAAUGGUGACGGGACGGGCCGUGGCACGCACCUGUCUCUGUUCUUUGUGGUGAUGAGAGGACACAGCGACGCACUCCUUAAGUGGCCUUUCAAUCAGAAGGUUACCCUCAUGCUGCUUGACCAGAACAACAGGGAGCACAUAAUCGAUGCCUUCCGGCCCGACAUCUCAUCUUCGUCUUUCCAGAGGCCCGUCAGCGACAUGAACAUCGCCAGCGGCUGCCCGCUCUUCUGUCCUCUGUCUAAGCUGGACUCCAAAAACUCCUACAUUCGUGACGACACCAUCUUCAUAAAGGCCAUCGUUGACCUCACUGGGCUCUAGAGAAAUCGUAAGAGCAGAAAUCCCAACUUUGCCUUUUGUUGCGACUAACCUGUUCAUCAACCAGCCUUUGUAUUAGCAGUAACCGGCACUUCUCGGGGGGUGUUGUCGUUUGGUUUUGGAAUCAGUUGUUGUUGACAAUAUGCAAGAUAUAAUUUUUUCUUUGUUGGCUAUUCAAGUCCUUCAGUCUAUGUUUUGCCAAUCAGAAGGAGUUUUUAUGCAUCAAAGUUGUGACUAUUCACCAAAGUGACUGCAGAACUUUAAACAGCAUUUUUACUAACCAAGGCAUUCCAACAACUGUGUAGUGUACUAUGUGAAACAAGCCGACUCUGCCCGCCUCAUUAAUCCCUCAUGAACAUGUUGAAGGUCCUGGUGCUUCAGAAGGAGCUCACCUUCAAGGUUUAAAGGAAGCUUUCCUGUAGACACUAGUUAACGCUCUUGUUAUUACUAGUUAUAACCCAAAAAAUGGGAAUUUACUAACCGCUAAGAUAACUAACAAACACACAAGUCCCUGAAAAUAUUCAGCUUCUUUAAUGACUCAUUAAGUCUUCUGUGAUCGUUCCACCGAUUUCCAACAAGAUUGUUUUUCUGGUUCCACAAGUUUCCUUCCGUCUUAACUAACUGGUUCAGGAUUAAUUGAAGGGUUUAAUAGAGAAAAUAACCGCACGUGAGUCAAGCUGAAAAGAAAGUGGUCUGAGUUAAUUAAAAAUAAGAAAAUGUGAGUUAAUAAAACCAAAAACUAUCUAGAUAUUUCUUUUGUCCCAGAUGCCGAUCCGAGUGGUUCUGGAACAGGUGUUCCUGGAUCCAGACUUUCAGUCAGAUCCUCUUUGUAAUCAUCGCCUUGUUUGCAAACUCAGUAGCUUUAAGGAGGAGAAAAUGAACAACUUGUCAGCUGUAUUAUGUGGUCUAAGUUGGUUUGAUGAUCGUGAAGCAGUUACAGUAAUAAGCCGCUGCAGUCUCAGCAUUAAUAUGCUGCUUGCUUAAUGAAAGCCAACAUAAUGUUCUGGUAACACGUGAGCUAAAACACUUGUAGUUUCAUAUGCGUUUAUAGUUACUGUAUGUCUGAGUCCACAUAUGCACAUUUCUCCUGCUGGUCUUGUUCUCUGUUUUGAUGUGACUUGUUGAUAGUUUGGCAUUCAACAUAUUUCAAAAGUCAUGUUCACGAAAUCAGCGCUUUGCUUUGAAGGUGGUGUAAUCUAAUAGGACUUCAGACUUAUUUAAGUAACACGUUUAAUACAGGUGUGCAUGCUAUGCACAAGGAAAAAUAGGCCACGCUUUUAAAACAAUUGGGAGAAAAGCAACCAAAGAAAUUUAUUCACCAAACGAAGCACCCAGAUGGUCCAUUCUGGAUAGAUUGUUUGAACGAAAAGGAGAUCAGAGCUUCUACAUCUGAAAGGAGAAAUGGAAAACUGAAAACGUUUAUGCUAAAACUAAAACUUCUAAAAUACCUGCCCAGGUCUGAUUGUUAUCAGACCUUUGGGUUAAUGCCAUCAAAUAAACAAUCUUCAAUCCAAUCAAAAUACACUCUGUUACAUUUAUCAUAUAGGUGGAUUGGAGGUACAGGCCAUAAUGUUAUUCAGACAGUAUUUCCAUAUUUUAGCACCAGUGACCGAUGCUUAAUGACAUUUUAAAUGCGUUUCAAACAUUUCCUCUAAAUUCAUAUUUAUCGAGUGGCAGUUUGAGCGACAUGUUGCAGGCAGUUGCCGCGGCGGAAACGCUGAGUGAAUAUCAGAGGAUGGAUCCCAGACAUGCCAGACGAAAUGAAUUGAACUUGAUGGAGUCUGGUUAGUGUCAUAUUUUGGGUUCGCAUUGUGAAAAAAAAUGAGCAUCACCUGCCAUGUUGAUCACCCAGACGCCACAUAAAGUUCUGGUUGUACAAUGAAAUCCAUCCGAUUUGGUCAGUUCUUUCUGACUGCUUCACUUGGUGCCAGCGAUCUAUGCACCAAUACCCCAUCAGGUGCAUAAAGUGAUUUUAUCAUCUUAAUUCCAUCUGUAGAAUAGCUUUUUUGCAUUAUAAAUGAUACACUAUGUAUUUAAACAUUGCUGAUGAUUGGCAAUACAGAGAGGCAGAUUAUAAAGUCUACAGUCAAAGCAAUAGAUCAGACCACUAUUGGCUGUUGCGCUCACUGUUGUGUACUAUCUAACAUUUGGUGAUUUCAUCAUUCUUAUUUUAUAUUUCUCUCAUAAGCUUUGCUCACAGUGUUGUCAGAAUUUCUCACAUACUGUUGCAUAACAGCGAUUGGUCCGUGUCCGGCUCUGCUGUUCUUGAGGAAUCAUUUGUUGAACGUCUCUUGAAUCCCAUCAGUUCUGUCUGCAGUUCUUCUGCUGCUAACAUUCUUCUCUAUGUGUCUUUCCAGUUCCUUUCCUCUGAAAGAAAUUCUGUGGUGUGAAGUAUGAAUCAAGCCUUGGUUAUUAUUUUGUUGCCUUUGGUUACACUGAAUAAAGGUGGACAGAGAGUUAUGGACUGCUGAUGGUCUGUAACAGCGUUAUAAUCUUCCAACACUUUCUCUCGAAACUAUCCCUUCCUUAAAAAAAGUAGUUGAAGACAUUGACAACAUGUAAAAGAUUCAAACUUUCUCUAAAAAGGCAACAGGAAAAUACAAAUCAAAGCAAAAAUAACCAGAAAGAUGACUUCAGAGAUGCAGUACAAAUGGAGACUGCAGGCUGAAAUGAAUUGAUGUUAUGGAGUUCUGGUAUUAUUUGAAUGUUUCAACUUUCCAGUUGGAAACAUUUAUAGUUUCAUGGGAUUUUUGUUGAGUUGAAACUAGGGGUGCACCGAUGACAGUUUUCCAGCAGAUUACUAAUCUUCAAAAUGCUUGAUCUGCCGAUUCCGAUGUUGGCUGAAAUGUUUUGUGUCUGAAAUGUUGCUAAAUUUAGCAAGGGAGUCACUGAGUUGGUAACAGUAGGGUGACCAUAGGUAACUCCAAAUUUGCAAACAUGACCAGUCUAUCACUGAAACAUGGCUCACAGCAGAGCUAAAGAGGACAGUGGCUGAUUUUUAAGACCUUUGCUGAUGAGAUAAGAUUGACUUCACAUGUAAGUAUCAACUGAUCACCAAACUCCCCAAGUGAAGGAAAUUGGCACUAAUAAAUCAGUGUACCCCUAGCUGAAACACUUGUUUCCAAUCUCUACAAAUAUAUUUUUCUUGAUGAGGCUAUCAGGGCGUACAGUGAGGUCAAAGUGUGUGUCACCUUACUACAUGUCUUCUGGUGUUGAUUUCUUUUAUUUUUGUUACACUUGCAUGUUUCAGAGCGUCUUAAUAUCAGAUGGAGAUAAACCGAGUAAUUACAUAUAAGCAGUUUUCCAGAAAAGUAAUCACCCCCCGGAGCUAGAACCAUCAUGGGUUUGACUCAACUGAAAAUGAGUGUUUUGCAAAACUCCAGAGGAUCUUUGGUUAAAUAUUUUCAUUCAGCCACAUUGGACCAUUCAUGAUUUUUAAAUGGCACUUAAAUAUAAAUUUUGACUAGGCCACUUUGAAAUAAUUUAUUAUUAUUAUUAUUAUUAUUAUUAUUAUUAAUAAUAAUAAUAAUAUAUAUAUUUUUUUUUUUAGCAAAGUUGAACUUUCUUGUGGGCUUUGGGUUAUUUUUCUGCUGCAUAACCCAUGUGUACUUGAGCGUAAGGUCAUGACCCUAACCUUGGACCUGACCCUAUAGCAGCAGGAAGCAGCCCCAGGCAUCACACUGCCACCACCAUGUAUGAUCUCAACAUCCACCGGAUGUUCUUCUAGAAGUCCUUUUGGUCAGAAUGAUUUUUUCCUUUUUUUUCUUUUGUGAGAAGAGUCUUUGUCCCUGAAGUUCCUUAGAUCAGGGCUUGGUGUGUUUUGUUGUUGUUUUUUAGGUGCUUUGUCAAGUUUCAUGUCGUCAGAUGAGUUUUAUGUAAUUUUUUUUUUUUUUGUUAUUGUAUUCUUAAAAGUGAGUCAGGCUCGGCUGAGGCUAGGGCAACCGAGAUGAGCCAAGCAUUGUGGUUAAUCACUAUUGAUUCAUAAUUAACAAAGGGGGUGAAGAAGCUUUUGCAUGAAGCGAUCAGUUUUCUCUGGAUUGUUUUUUCUUUCCAUAAUAAAAAAAUAAAUAAAUUUUGGAAAGCUGCAUUUUGUAGAUUAUCAGGUUAUCAUUACCCGGUAUAAAAAUUUGCAAGACAUAUCUGAAACAUUUAAGAGAAACAAAAACCAGAAGAAAAAUCCAGUUUUACGCAGCACUGUAGGAAUGGAAAAAGAAACCUGAUUAUCUUCCUUAUUAUCGACUCGUCUUCUCCACCUUGUAAGCGACCUACUUUCCUAGAAAAAGAAGUGCCUGUAUUUAUGUUCUGUAAUCUUGGAAUAUUUUUAAAUGUGCUUUCCUGUAUGAUUAAGCAUAACAGUAUAUUAUGAACAUUGGGUUUUAGAACAUCUUAUCCUUCAGAAUUGUAUUGCUUUUAUGUUUUUUUUUUUUAAAUUUACAACAUGUUCUAAAAUCUCUUGUGACCUUGAAUGUUUUUCUUUGCGUCCGGAUAGUGGUGAAUGUUCAGAGUGAGGCUGGUGAACCAGCAUGUUUUUAGACCUCAACACACGCUGAUCCAUCUCUGUGCAUGAGAGGCUUCAGUCAGACAUGAUGCAGAACGUUGGCCACUGGUUCACAUCGUUGGCCAGGUUCUUAUGUCCUUUAUAUGAUUUCACUAUUGUAUAUGAUACAAAGUAAGAGGGAACCUUGAGGGGCAGUCGGAGAAGUAAAUAUAUCUAAAUAAUGUAUGAAUAAUAUUUAUUGAUUAGAAACGUUUUCUGUUGAGGUCGUUUGAAAGUGUGUUGUAGUUCAUCCGGCUCUUUCUUGCCAAGCUGCGUCUCUGCUCUGACCUCAGCUUGUUGCAUUCUGAUCCUUUCUGAAACACAUUUCCGUUUCUCUUCUCGUGAGUGUUUUUGCACGUGUAGUGAUCUCCGUUUUGCACGUUCCAGCAGCCUCAAACUGAAGCCCCUUUUCUUCCUGCCUAUACAGUGUGUUCUGGUUGUAGCACUAGCAGAUGCUCGGCUGACGUGAGCCUGGACUUCUGGUUCAUUUACAACAAAAGGGCUUCACUUUUCAUCGGCAUCCACCUGACGUCACAUGCAGGCUUUCGUCCGCUCAGAGGCAGAACCGCGCGGCUGUUCCGUUUGAGCCAGCUGAUGUUUCCGUGGGCCAGCAACGCUGACAUGUAGGAAGUGCCACACUGCCUCACUGUUCUGCAACAGAAUAAACAAUGUUUUGAUAAAUACUGCUUCAGAAACUGAAACUAGUCACUUUUUGCUUUCCCUCCACCUCUGUUCCUGUGGAUCUGGGUUAUUCCUCUAAAGGCCUUGCUGAGAUUAGGAUGAAGAGCCUUCAUCUGUAGCGGUGAUAUCAGUCGUACUCGUUCUUUCUGCUGCAUUCUGUGGAUAGAAAGUCAUGUGUUAGUUAACUCUUUGUACAGAGGAAAUUUUGUUCCAUAUUUGUAUUUUGAUUUAAUAAAGAUUUUAAAAUGCCCUCCA